UGGUGUUUUAGAACACAGAGCAAAGUGGGACUGUGAGUGUGUGACACAGCACAAGAGGAAGGGAGAAGGCAGUCAGCCAAAAACAUUUCGAAUGAAGUACAAACGCAUAAUGGGAGCUACAACAUAAAAAAAAGGAAUACUUUUAGAUUUUAUGGGAGACCAGGAGAACAUUUGGAGGUGGGUAAAUGGCUUUAAAGAUCAUGGAGAGUGUGAGCACGCCUGCCGUGUUCAACCUAUCAGAUCUAUCAGUGGAGAUGAACUCGUCGUCUCGCCAGUGGUCUUACUCGGAGUAUAGCGAGGCUGUAGCGGUGCUACUAGGCAUCCUCAUGGCCCUGCUAGUGAUGGGCAUCGUCUUUGGCAACGUGCUGGUCAUCACCGCCAUCGUGCGCUUCCAGCGGCUGCAGACAGUCACCAACAUGUUCAUCACCUCUCUGGCCUGUGCUGACCUGGUCAUGGGCCUGCUGGUGGUGCCCUUCGGCGCCUGCUACAUCCUCCUCAACACCUGGCAUUUUGGCAGCUUUCUCUGCGAGUUCUGGACAGCGGCGGAUGUCUUGUGUGUGACGGCCAGCAUUGAGACGCUGUGUGUGAUCGCACUGGACCGCUACCUGGCCAUCACGUCGCCGCUGCGCUACCCAUCCCUACUGACCAAGCGCAAGGCAUGCGUGGUGGUGGUGACGGUGUGGGGGGUGGCCGCCCUCAUCUCCUUCCUGCCCAUCCACAUGAAGUGGUGGGUGUCUGAUGAGCCCGAGGCGCUCAGCUGCCUGGAAGAUGCUCACUGCUGUGACUUCAACACCAACGCUGCCUACGCCGUAGCCUCCUCCGUUGUCUCCUUCUACAUACCCCUGGCGGUCAUGGCCUUUGUCUACGGACGCGUCUUCCAGGAGGCCAGGAAGCAGCUGGAGAAGAUCCGUGGCAGCGAGGGGCGCUUCCACGCCCAGAUGAUUGACAACAACCAGGGGCAGGAUGGUGGGGACGGGAGCGGCGGAGGAGGGGGGAACGGAAAGAGACCUAAGUUCUGUCUGAAGGAACACAAAGCCCUAAAGACGCUGGGAAUCAUCAUGGGCACCUUUACCCUCUGCUGGCUGCCCUUCUUUGUGCUCAAUGUGGUGGUGACCAUCUGGAAGGUGGACAAUAUUAAAAUGCCUUUCAGGAUAUUGAACUGGAUAGGAUACGCCAACUCAGCGUUCAACCCCCUCAUAUACUGCAGGAGUCCUGAGUUCAGGUAUGCCUUCCAGGAGAUUCUGUGCCUGAGAGGGGCUGCUUUCCCCACCAAUGGAUACAUAUAUAGGGGUCACAGCUUGCGCCUAAGCCCCAAGGACAAGCCAGGCAGUCUUUCACAUAACGUUGGGACCGUGGAGCUGGGCUCUCUGUCUAGUGUCACCAACAUAAACGGGUAUUGCAAUAAUCCUCCUCUUGCCUCCAUUGUCUGAAGUGCAGGGUGUUACAAUGAGACUUGUCUUUCUCGUUUUGUCAGACCCGUUAUGCAGACACGGGAUAGGAAAUGACAUGUGAAUCUAUUUCCAUAUUUAAAUGCAUUACUAUAAGAAUAUUAUUCUAGUAAUGUGUAGGUUAUUAAAUGUUUAAUACUUUUCCUCUUAAUAUUGAACAAAGUCUGCAAAAUACAUAGGAAGUCUAUGGUUUGCGGAUGUGAUCAUGUGUGUGUGUGUGUGUGUGUGUGUGUGUGUGGUUUGUGGACAUGAGUAUGUGCACAUGUUAUGUUCUCUAGUGCUUACUCCUGUGUGCAAAUGAACACCACGGUUCAGGUACUAGGUUCAAGUUAAGUUCAGUUGCACAAACAUUUGUUAUAUUGUUCUAAGUUAAAAACAAAUUACCUCAUCAGCAUCAUUUUCGUUCAGCUCCUUAUCUUAGAGCUCCGAGAACAAAUAAUUAUAGUCUGUUUGUAUGUUGUAUGAAAAAUGAAUAAUGUUGUUAGUUGAACUGACUGUUCUUUACUGGCAGCGGGCUGAAUGAGAUGGAAAUGCCAGGGUAGGAGAGGUAGGAGAGAAUUAACAGGCAGAACAAGAGAUCAAAUCAGGGUUAACAGUGAUAUCUGUGACCCCCACUACUGGCUGUAGCCAGCUCUCUGUAUGUAACACAUUCCAUAUUGAUCUGGGUCUCUCCCAGAGCCAGCUCAGGGACUUCUGUCUGUGUGAUUCUGUACACUCCCUCUGCCAUGGCCCAGAAAUCCAACUCUCUGAUGAGGGACAGCAGGUGCACAUAAUCACAGGCAGGCGCUAUUACCAGCUACACCACACACGUUGCCCCAUUCCUCCAACCACUCUUCAAUACCUCAACCUUCACC